GUUAACAGCAUCAGUUCGUCACCGGUUAACAAAGAAGGCACAACGUAUUUUCAACAACGACGCAUGAAGUCAAAAACAAAAGUGGCAUAUUAUUGCAUUAACAAAUCGAUCGUCAUUCCACCGUCUAGUGUAACUUUGAUGUGCAUGCAUGAGUGUGCUUGUGUGUUACAAUUUUAAAUUUUAAACGGAAUUUUUAAAUAAAAAAUGCAUGAAACCUGCUUGAAGUGGUAGUGGCUGCUGCACUCGAGUAAAAGGAAAUUUAUUGUGAUUGUAAUUUAGAGCCAGCCAGUGAGCCCCAGCUGCUGCCGCAUUUAACUUGUUUUAUGAAAUUAGUUGACUGUGUUCCGCCAGUUUGGUGCAUCAAGUUUGUGUUUUGUUUUUGUUAUUUUUUGGUAUAGACGUCUUGGCCGUGAUCUUGUCUUGGAGUCUUUAGUGGUGUGUAUUUUUGUUGUGAUUUUCAACAUCGGAUUGGCACGCAUUAACACGCACGGAACCAACAAAUCUCGAGAAGAGAGACAAUUUCGAAAUCCAUAAACAUAAAAAAACGGAGUAGUAAAAAUAUACACAAAAACCAACAACAACAAUAAUAACAUAAAUAAAUAAAGUGACAAAAAGGCAUUUUUGUGAAAGUGAUGUAAAAACUCCGACAACGACAGAAACAACAUCAUCAGCCACAGAUUUUCGUAGGUGUGUAUGGCUGAUAACAACUAUUCCAAAUAGAUCAAAAUAAAAAUCCUAUUGAAUGCCAACAUUGAUAAGAAGAACAAGAAAAUGUUUUGAAAAACCUGCGAGAAAAUAAAUGAAUGAAAUGGCCUUAAAACUAAAAAAGUUAAAUAGCAAUCAAUUUAUAAAUGAAACUAAUUCAGAACAAUACCAUUAUCGAGCGAAUAGAAAGUCUUUCAAGCUUAAGAUGAUGAGUGAAUGUGGUGCACAGCGCAGAGACUGCGGACGUUUGUCAAAAUCCAAAGAAAUGUUAAAUCAUCUAUUACUGAUGGCUGCCGAUGGCCAAAGUUGUUGUAACGAAAAUCAGCUCAGUGGGACAAUAAUCGAAAAUAGUAGUAGCAAUAACAGCAACAACGACAACAACGCAACGAUAAGAACAUGCCUAAGCGGUUUACAAGUGUUUGAAUCAAAACUUGGAGAUAUCAGCGACAACAAUGAAAACGAUAGCCGCCAACACCAGCACGUCAGACAACACCAGCCAACUUCUUCACAUCCUCCUCCUUCUCCCCCCGCUUCAUCUUUACAUUAUUCCCAUUGUAAACAGCGACGGCUUAGGCCAUUACAACAAUGUCAAUACCGGCAACAUUACCAAGACCAACAACAACAAAAACGCUGGCUAUUGUUUGGCUUACUUUAUGUUGUUGCCUUAUUUUCAGAAUACACCGUGCCACUAGUCAAAGCGGAUCAAAAUACUAAAGAUGCAAACCCAUCUGCCCUUUAUGGCAAUGUUGAUUCAAAUAUGGCGACAACACCCCUGACACCGGUCACCACAUUACCCACAAGCAAUGAUUCCUUUUAUACGACAACAACAACGACUUUUUCACCUUCGAUUAUGGCCAUAAAUGAAACCACGUCUGACUGGUUAAGAAAUGACAGCUCCCGAUAUGUCAAAAGGAAAUUCAAGAGUAAAUUCAAUGCCGACGAUUCGAUAUUUUUACGUUUUGCCAAGCGCUUUGCCCACGACAAUAAUCUGGUGUCCGGAAUCAUUCAGGAGUGCUAUCAACGGCCAACCUUUGCCUGUUUCCAAAAGAAUGUCUACGUUUAUCUUAACGAGGUAUUGGAUGCUCAGGAUGUGAACGUGACCCAACGUUUAAAGUUCUAUCGUAACGAUAAUGUCUAUGACGAGCAGGCCGAAUUGGAUGAGGAUAUGGCUGCAGAGGCACCAUCGCAUACCACCCAAGCAUCAGCAGCCAAAGAUUCAAUGGAGGAGGACGAGGACCAAAAUAAUGAAAUACCACGUGAAGGCCGUUCCUAUGAUAAUGAAGAUGCUGCCAUGCCGGAAACACCAAUUGAGGAAGUCACAAAUGCAUUGUAUGGCAAGAGCAUCAAAUUCGCCAUGACACAUAAUAUCGAAUUGAAAUUGCCUGAAAUGAUGUUCGACGGAGCCACAUUUCGUAUAUCGCCCAAAUCAAUAGAGGGCAAUGGUGUUAUAGCCAAGUUGGAGCUAAUACCCAAGCAAAAGAGUGAAGCUCGUUUGGCCGGUAAAAUCCUGAUGAAGAAACUACAGAAACUCAUGAAAAGUAAACUGCUGCUGUCGUUUUUGGCCCUGGUCUUGAUCAUAAAAAUUAUCAAAAUCAAACUUUUCUGGCUGUUGCCUUUGGUCAUUGGUGUGGGUGCUGCCAAGAAGUUGUUGCUGAAAUUUCUACUCUUCCUGUUCCCGGCGUUGUCACAUCUCUUCAAGCUAUGUUCGUAUUAUCAGCAGACCUAUCAUUCGACGAAAUAUCAUCAUCACCAUCAUCACAUUAAUCAUCAUCAUACGAUUGUUCCUCCAUGGCAUAGUGGUGAAAGUGCACCUUGGCAUAGUGCAGAGACGGCGCAUAUACCAGAAAUUAUCUAUUCCCAUCCACCCAAGGGUCAUGUUUCAACGUAUCUGCAUGGAGCACCCAUACAUGAAACCUAUGGGCCACCGCAUGAACAUAUUGAAGCUUGGGAAAAUUCUGGCCCUGGUUUAGGUUCAGAAUAUAUAAGUGAUAUAAAUCGUGUUGCACAUAUCGAUGAUAAGACAAAUUAUUUUAAACCGCACCCCAAAAACGAUGUUAAUGAAUUACACGCCUGGGGUCUGGGCACUACGCCUCUAUCCACAAUACAAAAUAAACGUCCACCUACGGGACCACAACUACAACAACAACAUCCACAGCAAUAUAAACGAGUUUCGACUCCACUACAGAAACCAAGCAUUCUCCAACAAACACCACAAAAUUAUCAAAAACCUCAAGCCACUAGUCAGACAUUUAAUCCAUUCAAGCAACAGGGUGACAAACAAAGCAUUUUCAAUCACAAGUAUAGAAAUAAUCCUGUUGCAGCCCAAUCUGCACCAAGUCCUGUUUACACACCAGCGCGGCAGCCAGGAUUGCCGCAGUUGCAGAAACAACUACAACCACAAAUACAAGAAGCCCUCUCAACAGCAGCGCAAAUUGCUGCCCAAUAUGAUCCGACGCGAAAGCAACCGCAGCAACAACAGUCAUUGCCGACCACACUUCAAGAAUCUCAAUUAACGCCGGAAUUGUCCGCACAAAUAAAGGAGGCUUUACGAAUACAGGCUGAGCAAAGAUUGGUGCAACAACAGCAACAGAUAUUGGACAAACAACCGUUUGUGCAGGAUGGUCAGCCAUUGAUGCCGUUAAACUACGACCCCUUCUAUAGCCCGAUAUUAUUGAAAAUUGAUAAAAUAAUUGAACAACUUGGCAUCAAGGAAGAGGGUUGUAAAGAACGUGUGGUCUGCAGCAUGUACAAGGAUCCGGAACGUUAUAGCCCGCAUAGUAAUUUUGUGUCCGCCGAGUUGAGUCGAGAUACAAAUGAAUUGCAGCCGAUAACCAGCACAAAUCCAGCUGUCAUACGAUUUUUCCGUUUAAUACAGGCGGCUCGUGAUGGUCAAGAUCAUAAGAACUGUUUGACUCUCUAUCCAGACUGUAACAUAAAUACCGAGUAAACGGAGAGCUGUAUGUUUUUGAAGCAAAAAAACCAAGUGGCUUGAGUCUCCUUCACUAUUUUGUAAAGUCAUUUAGCCUUAAUUUAAUUUAUUUGUUGAUUUGUUUACUAUAUAAAGUUCAACACGGUUCUAAUAAACUUAAAAAAUAACCACAGAUCUUUUCAAAGCAGUAGUCCGAUAGAAAAUAUUUAUUUUUCCGAAACUGUCAAAAAUUAUCCGUGUUAAAAGAGUUCAUUAUAAUCGUGUUCGACUAUAAUAAAAUUAUUUGCUAAUAUUUAUUUUCCAUAUAUAACUUAUUUUAAUUUAAUUAUUUAUAACUAAUUUAUUUAUUUUUUGCUAUUUAAAUUACUGUAAAUGUACAUAAGUAUGUGUCUAAUAUAUAAGAAAAAAAUAGAAUAUUAAGUUUGGUUAAAUAAUAUGCUUUCUUAUUUAUAUUUUCUUUCAAUAAAUUUUUCUUUUGUUGAUUAUAA